AUGUCGUCCAAUGAAUUAGCAACUAAAUACCAAACUUUCCAAAAUGAAUUAGAAGGAUUUAUAGUAACAAGACAAAAAUUAGAAACUCAGUUACAAGAAAAUAAAAUUGUUAAUGAUGAAUUUGAGAAACUUAAAGAGGAAACAAAAGUUUUCAAAUUAACUGGCAAUGUGUUAUUACCAAUUGAACAAGACGAAGCACGUAGUAAUAUUGAUAAAAGAUUAGAAUUCAUUCAAACUGAAAUUGACCGUUGUGAAAAAAAUAUUAAAGCAAAGCAAGCUGAGAUGGAAAAAAUAAGAUCAGAAUUGAUGGCUACUGCUCCAGCCCCAACACCUGCAUCUGCAAAAUAG